UACUUCAUAUUAAUAAGCUCCAAUCGGGGCUUUAAGUCCUUGAUUAGGAGAGUGUGAGAGCUUUGGUCCCAACUGGCUGUGCCUAUAGGCUUGUCACUAGGAGAACGUUUGUGUUAAUUGCGCUGUGCUCUGUCAAGGAAACUUUGAUUUAUGGCUGGGGUGCGCACAUAAUGGUUGCCGGCCGCACAUGGAUUCGGUAGAACUUUGCCUCCCUGAAUCCUUCCCCCUGCACUACGAGGAAGAGCUUCUCUGCAGAAUGUCAAACAAAGAUCGACACAUUGAUUCCAGCUGUUCGUCCUUCAUCAAGACGGAACCCUCCAGCCCGGCCUCCCUGACGGACAGCGUCAACCACCACAGCCCCGGUGGCUCUUCGGACGCGAGUGGGAGCUACAGUUCAACCAUGAAUGGCCACCAGAACGGACUUGACUCGCCACCUCUCUACCCUUCUGCGCCGAUCCUAGGAGGGAGCGGGCCAGUCAGGAAACUGUAUGACGACUGCUCCAGCACCAUUGUGGAAGACCCCCAGACCAAGUGCGAAUACAUGCUCAACUCGAUGCCCAAGAGACUGUGUUUGGUGUGUGGCGACAUCGCUUCUGGGUACCACUACGGGGUAGCAUCAUGUGAAGCCUGCAAGGCGUUCUUCAAGAGGACGAUUCAAGGGAACAUAGAAUACAGCUGCCCGGCCACGAAUGAAUGUGAAAUCACGAAGCGCCGACGUAAAUCCUGCCAAGCCUGCCGCUUCAUGAAGUGUUUAAAAGUGGGCAUGCUGAAGGAAGGAGUGCGUCUUGACAGAGUGCGUGGAGGCCGGCAGAAGUACAAGCGCAGAAUAGACGCGGAGAACAGUCCCUACCUGAACCCUCAGCUGGUCCAGCCAGCCAAAAAGCCAUAUAACAAGAUUGUUUCACAUUUGUUGGUGGCUGAACCGGAGAAGAUCUAUGCCAUGCCUGACCCUACUGUCCCUGACAGCGACAUCAAAGCCCUCACGACACUGUGUGACUUGGCCGACCGAGAGUUGGUGGUUAUCAUUGGAUGGGCGAAGCAUAUUCCAGGCUUCUCCACGCUGUCCCUGGCCGACCAGAUGAGCCUGCUGCAGAGCGCCUGGAUGGAAAUCUUGAUCCUCGGGGUCGUGUACCGGUCCCUCUCCUUCGAGGAUGAACUUGUCUAUGCAGACGACUAUAUAAUGGAUGAAGACCAGUCCAAGCUCGCAGGCCUUCUUGACCUAAAUAAUGCCAUCCUGCAGCUGGUGAAGAAGUACAAGAGCAUGAAGCUGGAGAAGGAAGAAUUUGUCACCCUCAAAGCGAUAGCUCUGGCUAAUUCAGACUCCAUGCACAUAGAGGAUGUGGAAGCCGUCCAGAAGCUCCAGGACGUCCUGCACGAGGCCCUGCAGGAUUACGAAGCCGGGCAGCACAUGGAAGACCCCCGGAGGGCCGGCAAGAUGCUGAUGACGCUGCCCCUGCUGAGGCAGACGUCCACGAAGGCCGUGCAGCACUUCUACAACAUCAAACUCGAAGGCAAAGUCCCCAUGCACAAACUUUUUUUGGAAAUGCUGGAGGCCAAGGUCUGACCGAAGGCUUUCUGGGCCUUGCCAUCCUGCACGCUGAAAAAGGGAAAAUAAACCCGAGGGUGAUGUCGAAGAAACUUAGAGUUUAGUUAACACCAUCAAAAAUCAACAAAGACUGCACUGAUAAUUUAGCAGCAAGACUAUGAAGCAGCUUUCGGAUUUCUCUGUAUCUUCCUGAUGAAUUUCUUUCUACCUGAUCUCAUCUUUUCCUUUUUUCUCAUUUCUCUUUCUCUUCAUUUUUUUCUCCCCUCGUUACUCCUCCUUUUCCUUAUUUCUUGGCUUUCUUGAUGACUGGUUCCCUCUCUCAUUUCCUUCCUUCCUUCCUCUCCUUUCCUUCUUCCCAUCCUUCCCUUCUAAAUUUUAUAUAGCUCUAGUUGUGAGAAAAUUUUUCUUUCCUUCCUUCCUUCCUCACCCCCUUUCUUCCUUCUUCCUGCUGCUGAACUUUUAAAAGAGGUCUCUAAUUGGAGAGAGAAGGAAGCCAGCCCUGCCAAAGGAUGGAAAUCCAUAAUAUGGAUGCCAGUGAACUUAUUGUGAACCAUAACGUCCCCAAUGACUAAGGAAUCAAAGAGAGAACCGUCGUACCUAAAGUACAGUGCAACAUAAGCGAAUUGACUGAGUGCAGUAUUAGAUUUCAUGGGAGCAGCCUCUAAUUAGACAACUUAAGCAACGUUGCAUCGGCUGCUUCUCAUCAUUGCUUUCCCAUCUAGAUCAGUUACAGCCAUUUGAUUCCUUAAUUGUUUUUUCAAGUCUUCCAGGUAUUUGUUAGUUUAGCUACUAUGUAACUUUUUCAGGGAAUAGUUUAAGCUUUAUUCAUUCAUGCAAUACUAAAGAGAAAUAAGAAUACUGCGAUUUUGUGCUGGCUUUGAACAAUUACGGACAAUAAUGAAGGACAAAUGAAUCCUGAAGGAAGAUUUUUAAAAAAAAAAAAGUUUUGUUUCUUCUUACAAAUGGAGAUUUUUUUUGUACCAGCUUUACCACUUUUCAGCCAUGUAUUAAUAUGGGAAUUUAACUUACUCAAGCAAUAGUUGAAGGGAAGGUGCAUAUUAUCACGGAUGCAAUUUAUGUUGUGUGCCGGUCUGGUCCCAAACAUCAAUUUCCUAACAUGAGCUCCAGUUUACCUAAAUGUUCACUGACGCAAAGGAUUAGAUCAUACCACCAGUGACUCUGGGUGGUCACGGAUAUCAGCACUGCACAUGGAACCCAGAUCCAUAGGAUUUUCAGAAGUGCGCCUCUCGGCCUGGGGGGCACAGUUGCCAUACGAUUCCCAGCUGCCCUGCCACAGCGGUUAGGAACGAGUUCCUGCCUGUUGGCAAAGUUAAAGACCUUUCCCCCAAAGGAGCUGUGAGCCAGUAUUCAUUUAAGAGGCAAUAAGGCAAAUGCCAGAAUUUGAACAACAACAACAACAACAACAAAAUCAUCAAAGACAACAGAUGCCUGACCAAAUUCUAAAACCUAUCCACAUGAAUUGAUUCAUUUAGGAAUGUUUGUUUAAAUUAACCUGCAGUCUUUAGCAAGAGCUAAGCCGAUAUAUCUGCUUUUCAACCAGCAUUGUCACAGCGAGGAAGUCAGUCAGGUUCCAGACUGUUAAGAGGUGUAAUCUAAUGAAGAAAUCAAUUAGAUGCCCCCGAAAUCUACAGUCACUGAAUAACCAAGAACCAGAAGAAAUAGUAACCUCCAUCAAAUGCUAUACCAAUGGACCAGUGUUAGUAGCUGCUCCCUGUACUAUGUGAACAGUCUUAUUCUAUGUACACAGAUGUAAUUAAAAUUGUAAUCCUAACAAACAAAAGAAAUGUAGUUCAGCUUUUCAAUGUUUCAUGUUUGCUGUGCUUUUUCUGAAUUUUAUGUUGCAUUCAAAGACUGUUUGUCUUGUUCUUCUUGUGGUGUUUGGAUUCUUGUGGUGUGUGCUUUUAGACACAGGGUAGAAUUAGAGACAAUAUUGGAUGUACAAUUCCUCAGGAGACUACAGUAGUAUAUUCUAUUCCUUACCAGUAAUAAGGUUCUUCCUAAUAAUAAUUAAGAGAUUGAAACUCCAAACAAGUAUUCACUAUGAACAGAUACACAUCAAAAUCAUAAUAAUAUUUUCAAAACAAGGAAUAAUUUCUCUAAUGGUUUAUUAUAGAAUACCAAUGUAUAGCUUAGAAAUAAAACUUUGAAUAUUUCAAGAAUAUAGAUAAGUCUAAUUUUUAAAUGCUGUAUAUAUGGCUUUCAUUCACUCAUCUCUCAGAUGUUGUUAUUAACUCGCUCUGUGUUGUUGCAAAACUUUUUGGUGCGGAUACGUUUCCAAAACUCUUGCUACUUUGUGUGCUUUAAACAAAAUACCUUGGGUUGAUGUUUCAUCAGCCCAAUGCUAGAAAUACUGUGUAUCUAUCAUUAGCUAUAUGGGACUAUAUUGUAGAUUGUGGUUUCUCAGUAGAGAAGUGACUGUAGUGUGAUUCUAGAUAAAUCAUCAUUAGCAAUUCAUUCAGAUGGUCAAUAACUUGAAAUUUAUAGCUGUGAUAGGAGUUCAGAAAUUGGCACAUCCCUUUAAAAAUAACAACAGAAAAAAAAUCCAACUCCUGGGAAAUAAAAAGGUGCUGAUUCUAUAAGAUUAUUUAUAUAUGUAAGUGUUUAAAAAGAUUAUUUUCCAGCAAGUCUGUGCAGGGUUUAAGUUGCUACUAUUCAACCACACUAUAUAUAAAUAAAGUAUAUACACUAUAUACAUUGUUUUUACUGGAUCACAUUAAAGUACUUGGGCUUCAGAAGUAAGAGCCAACCGACUGAAAACAGGAGAGGGAGAUAUGUGAGAAGACGGAAGUGCAGCUUUCAGCGUUCAGGUUAAGUGAGACAAGUACCCCAUAAGUAGGUGUCGCAAACUAACACGCAGAUUUAAAAGAACUGCACGGGCUUUUAGGGCAAAUGCCCAUCUUAAACCUCACUUGAGGUAAGUUUUCUCGAGUUUCAAGCAAGACCAUUUACUUAAUGUGAAGUUUUGGAAAGUUAUAAAGGUGUAUGUUUUAGCCAUAUGAUUUUAAUUUUUAUUUUUCUUCUUUUUCAGUUUGUUCUUAUUUAAAGCAAUAUGAUUGUGUGACUACCUGCUGUUACACUUGUGUUUCAAUCAGCUCAGAUUGUUGUAUUUAUUCCACUAUUUUGCAUUUAAAUGAUAACAUAAAAGAUAUAAAAAAUUUAAAACUGCUAUUUUUCUUAUAGAAGAGAAAAUGGGUGUUGGUGAUUGUAUUUUAAUUAUUUAAGCGUCUCUGUUUACCUGCCUAGGAAAACAUUUUAUGGCAGUCUUAUGUGCAAAGAUCAUAAAAGGACAAAAAAUUUAAACUGCUUAUAAUAAUCCAGGAGUUGCAUUAUAGCCAGUAGUAAAAAGAAUAAUAACAAUAAUAAUAAUAAUAAAACCAUGUCUAUAGCUGUAGAUGGGCUUCACAUCUGUAAAGCAAUCAAUUGUAUAUUUUUGUGAUGUGUACCAUACUGUGUGCUCCAACCAAUGUCCAUUUGUGUAAAUGUAUUUAUUUUAUAUUGUAUAUAUUGUUAAAUGCAAAAAGGAGAUAUGAUUCUGUAACUCCAAUCAGUUCAGAUGUGUAACUCAAAUUAUUAUGCCUU